UUCUAAAUACAUUGUGAACUUAAUAAUUCAAAGCCUAUCACAUCUAAAUAAUACGCAGUCCUCUGUCACGUGACCAAUUGUUUAGCUUGACGCCAUAUUCCUCAUCUUAGCUAUUUCCUGGAUUCUAUCUCCACUGUAUUAGCAGCGUUUAGGAGUACACAUUCUCACUGCUGUAACAUUGGCAUAUACUGGUUCAAUGCAAUAAUUAAAAAAAAGAUUUUUUGUCUCAUUUCUAGAGGCAUCAUUAAGAGUCUUCGCCUGUUACUGCAAUUUCUUGAUUUCAUAAUUGGGUCAACCACCGACUGAUACAUCCGCAUUUCUGGCAUUUUCAACAUGCCGGUCAGAAAAGAAGAUGCACACAGAGCUCUUGAGCUCCUUGAGGAUUAUCACACCAGACUUACAAAACCCCAAGACAGGCCUCUUAAAACAGCUAUUGAGAGGGUCAUUCGUAUUUUUAAAAGUCGCUUGUUUCAAGCUCUUCUAGAUAUCCAGGAAUUCUACGAGUCCACCCUACUGGACGAGAGCAAGACCUCCCACGAAAAGACCCUGGAGACAUUGAGGAUAGCCAGCAAAUGGGAGCGGGACCAGCCAUUCACCCACAGCCAGCCUAAAGCAGAGCUGCCACCACCCCCGCCUCCUCAGACGGCCAGACCAGCGGUGCCGCCCCCAGUGGCCCCGAGACCGCCCAGACCUUCUCGUCAUGACUCUGAAGACGAAUCCAGAAGACCUGCCAUCAACUGGAACACGCACCCUGACUUCGCUCCUGCUAUUUCCAGCACACUAAAAAGAAACAAUGCUUUGGACGAAGACCUUCCUCCCCCACCACCAGAGAUCUCACACAGCAGGAUUGUCUCCUCACCUUUGAUGGAAGAAAAAGUCAACCGAUCAUAUGACAAGCAGCUCCCAGUACCUCCUGACGGUUCUGAGGCUGCAGACUCAGAAUAUACCAAUGGAAGUGGCGAGUGGGAGUUUGAAGAAAUCCUUCUUGACAGGGGAAACUCUGGGCUGGGCUUCAGCAUCGCCGGUGGUAGUGACAACCCUCACGUGGGGGACGAUCCCAGCAUCUUCAUUACUAAAAUCAUUCCAGGGGGUGCAGCAGCAGACGACGGCCGACUCAGGCUGAAUGAUGUGAUAGUACGUGUCAAUAAUGUUGAUGUUAGCAACACCACACAUUCUGCAGCAGUUGAAGCCUUAAAGCAGGCUGGUCGCAAAGUAGUUUUGUAUGUCAAGAGAACCAAAGUUCCUACAGAGAAUAUAAUGGAGAUUGAGCUUGUUAAAGGAAAUAAAGGACUUGGCUUCAGCAUUGCUGGUGGCAAGGGUAACCAACACAUUCCAGGAGACAAUGGCAUCUUUGUAACUAAAAUCAUUGAUGGAGGUGCUGCUGAAAUUGAUGGCAGGCUGGCUGUAAUGGACAGACUUAUUGCAGUUAAUGACACUAACUUGGAGGAUGUCACUCAUGAGGAAGCUGUACAGGCUUUGAAAAGUACCUCAGAAAUAGUUCGUCUGACUAUAGCCAAGCCCACAUUUGUGGUAGACAACCUCAAUGAUUCGACUGAGCAUGGACCAAGCAGUGCAACUCAUUCCACUUCACAUCCAGUAUCAAGCUUCAGACCUCCGACACCACCUGCUCCUAAAGCAAGUGUAACGGAGGAUGAACCAGGAAGGGAGCCAAGGAAAAUUGUAUUAAAGAAGGGGUCAACGGGGCUGGGAUUUAAUAUUGUAGGAGGGGAGGAUGGAGAGGGAAUAUUUGUAUCCUUUAUUUUGGCUGGAGGGCCUGCGGAUCUCUCUGGGGAGUUGCGGCGUGGCGAUCAGAUUAUUUCGGUUAAUGGAACUGAUUUGAAGCUAGCUACCCAUGAAGAGGCUGCGCAGGCCCUUAAAAGAGCAGGGGAUACUGUGGAGAUUAUAGCCCAAUAUAGGCCAGAAGAUUACAACAGAUUUGAGGCCAAGAUUCAAGAUCUCAGAGAACAAAUGAUGAACACAAGCACUGGUAGUCUCAGAACUACCCCUAAAAAAACAUUGUUUGUCAGGGCAUUGUUUGACUAUGACCCCAGCAAAGACUCAGGUUUACCCAGUAAAGGAUUAGCCUUUCAUUAUGGCGAUAUCUUGCAUGUGACCAAUGCUAGCGAUGAUGAGUGGUGGCAGGCCAAGAGGAUAUUGGCAGAUGGUGAUGAAGAGGGCAUGGGUAUUAUCCCAAGUAAACAAAGAGUUGAAAGGAAAGAAAGAGCAAGGUUAAAAAAUGUCAAGUUUACAGGGAAAAACAGUACUAAUUCAGACAAGACUUCAUCGUCAGCCUCAUCAGCAGCUAACGAUAGAAAGAAGAAAAAUUUCUCAUUUUCCAGACGCUUCCCUUUUAUGAAGAGCAAAGAUCAAAGUGGAAGUGAGGAUGUCAGUGCUGAUGAACGCAACCACCACAGUGAUAGUGAGGCAAGCUCUAGAGGAGAUGAACCUAUUCUUUCUUAUGAGACUGUGGUGCAACAAGAAUUGAAAUAUACCAGACCAGUCAUUAUUCUAGGUCCACAAAAAGAUAGAAUUAAUGAUGACCUCAUUUCAGAAUUCCCAGAUAAAUUUGGCAGCUGUGUUCCACAUACAACAAGAGAAAGAAGGCCACAUGAAGAGGAUGGAAGAGAUUAUCAUUUUGUUGCUUCCCGGGAACAGAUGGAGAAAGACAUACAGAAUCAUUUGUUUAUUGAAGCUGGAGUAUAUAAUGAUAAUUUAUAUGGAACUAGUGUAGCAUCUGUUAAGGAAGUAGCAGAACAAGGCAAACAUUGUAUUUUAGAUGUAAGUGGUAAUGCAAUAAAAAGGUUACAAGUGGCAGGCCUUUAUCCUAUAGCUAUAUUUAUUAAGCCAAAGUCAGCAGAGUCUAUAAUGGAAAUGAAUAAAAGAAUAACUGAAGAACAAGCCAAGAAGACAUAUGAAAGAGCAUUGAAACUUGAAGCAGAGUUUGGAGAAUAUUUUACUGCUGUGGUGCAAGGCGACACAGCUGAUGAAAUCUACUCUAAAAUCAAAGAAGUGAUUAGUGAUCAGUCGGGUCCACACAUCUGGGUACCAGCUAAAGACAAACUCUGAGACCUCUGAGUUGUGUGCUUGUCCUUCAGUCUGCUCACUCUCAUUGCUAUCAUUUGCAAUGAAUGUUUAUGAUUGGGCCAGUGGGCCAGUAUUGUGAGAGUGCCACUGGUUUGACUGGGGCUGUGCAGCCCAAUCUAGUUCUGCUGUUUGUUAGUGUGUACAGAAUAUAUCUCCAUGAAUAAAUGUGCUUUCAAAAAAAUCUUGAUCGCCUCGCUGUGUGUGACAAAGUUUUGAUAACUGAACUGGAGUGGAUUUUUUUUUUCAUAAGGCAAGGGACACUACUGCAUAAGGAUAUUUUUUAACGAAACUUUUUUUUUUUUUACCUCAAUGUGUUCCAAUUGGUGGUUCAUUUAUCUUUAUUUUUUUUAACCCAUCUAAUAAAAUGCAUUAUGUCGCCAUAAAUUCAUGUGUCUGUUAUCUCAAUAACUAAUAGGGCUUCAAAAUAUAUAUUUGGUCAAAAUUCCCCUUUUUACUGAAUAAUUUUACACAAAAUAUGUUUAUUUAUAGUAAUUUACUAUAUAAGAAAAUAUUUCAUCCAUUGACAACCCUUUGUAUUAGUAGUGUGAUGUCAGCAUAUUCCUUGGAUUUUAUUUUGAGCAGUUCAGGAAUAUCUUUGCAACCCAGUUUGUAUUGUGAAUACAAGAUUAUGUGUAUGACAAUGAAAUGGUGUGUCAUAACACUAUAUGUAUAUAUCUAUAAACAAACAAAUCUAGCUACUACAUGGUGUGGUUUGUGUCUGUUACACUGGCAAGUUGACUGCUUCUUUGGUUGUAAUUGAUAUGUAUUGUGUUGUAAGUAACAGUGGGAAUGAAAUAAGAAUAGUGAGUGCUUGUUGGUAUGAUUAUUGCUUGUCAGUAUUUUAGACAUUUUUUUAAUCAAUUGUUUCAAUUGUAAAUUCUUUGUAUUGGCUAGUUUGUAGAUAUAUUUUUGGUAACACUCAAAAGAGUGAAAACAUUUCUUUUAAAAUUUAGUAAAUGAAAUUAUAGUUGGUUAGUUUCUUUUUAUCAUUAUUUUCUUUGUUCAGUUACAAAGGUUAUUUUAAGUUAUGUAUAAAUAGUUAUGUACCAACACAAACAAAAACUGAGCAAGAAUUAACCAGUCUUAUACAGUAAAGAAUAGAGUUGACACUGCUUCAAGUCCUUUUAAAUAUCAUAUAAGUUUUGCUAGAUAUGAUUGGGAUAAUUUGUUAUUCUAAAUGGAUAAUUGUACUAGUACAGAAAAAUUGUGGCAUUCAUUUAAAACUGAAACUGCACUUUGAAUUGAAAACAAGCAAGAGACCAAGCAGAAACCUGUCUACAACUACACUGAUCUCAAUGUAAGGCAGUGUGUCUUACCACCCCAUCCUCUGACAUUGAAUAGAACAUUGUUUUGGUAAGGUAUAUAUUUCUAAACAAGUGGCUGCCUGGUCGUGCGGUUUGCACACUGUACUGGCAUUCGGUUGACUCGAUGGUCCAUGGUUCGUCUCUGUCAGCCUGCGGGAAAUUAUGACUAGGAAGUAGAUUAUCUUCAACUCUGAUGGAACAACCGAAACAUGUAAAUCAUUUUACAAUCAACAAUACAGAACUUAAAUGUACCGGUAUUUAACUUUGAUUUUAUUGUCAGUGGAUGUACUAAUUGAAUUGCAAUCUAUAUUUUUCUAUACAAAGACUACGCUGUUUGAGAAUAAAUGUUUUGGAUGUACAAGUUUUACAAUGUUAAUGUUGAGAAAAUAUUUCGUCUUGUUGAACACUAGCAAAGGUAUCAUCCAAAUGCUCAUUAUGGGAUCUCACUUGAGUCUGUGUUGUCACUGGACAAUGGGUUACAUGUCUAUAUUUUGUUGACUUUGUCCAAAGAAAUCCAGACCUUCAUCUACACAACAUACUACUGCUGGUGUUAAAACAAGAAAUAUAGUAAUAAAGAAAACAUAACUCCCUCUUUUGAACUUCAUUUUGGUUGAGUAAGCCUGCUGACACCCCAUUGUUGUCAGAUCUUGUUUGGGAAUGCUAAACAGUCAUUAUUAAAUACUGUUGUUUAGGCUACAAAAAAAAAGUAUUUAAAAAUAAAUUUUCUCUACCAUAUUCUAUUAGAUGUAACAAUUUGUGUACCAACUGAAAUUGAUAAACAAGUAACAGAUUCCAGUAAGAGUGGAAAUUUGAACAAGAUUUAAGUUCACUAAAGCUAUAAAGGCACAUCAUAGUGUUCUAAUACAAUUUGUAAAACAGCAUAAUCUGUGUGUGUGUUUGGUUUAUCUAAACUAAGCCAAUGUACUGUUAGGUUUCUAUUUGAAAGUAAGAACAAGAGGCACUUGCUCACCAAUUUGUCCAGCUAAAGACUGAUGUCAUAUAUUUAAUGAUGCUCAAGUAUUGUUAUGAGAAGAUGUCACAGUCAACACACAAUUAUGUUGGAGGUUAAAAUGUCAGGAUAAUAAAAAUCUCCUCUUAUUCUUUCUUUGUUGACUUAUCCACCAGUAGACAAUUAAUGAGGCCUUCAUUUAAGUCUCUAGUUGUAGUACUUUUAGUUAACACUGCCAACUCUUCCCCAUCCCAGUCCCCUUGAAUUUGGAACUUUUUGUUUUCUCUUGAAUCAAAUCUUCUUUGUCAAUGUUAUGAGAUGAAUGACUUAGUGUAACAUGAUAGUUACCUUGUGGCAUGACCUAGAACAUUUUUUGUGUUCCAAUACAUUGCUUUGCAUAACAUUAAAUGUGUACAUGACUAUUAAUCAAACUAAUUGCAGCAGAAACAUAUUCUUGAAAAGGUUGGCUGGUACAGUGUACUUCAACAUGACAAAAUCAAAAUAUUCUGGGGAGGUGGUUGGGUUUGUCUGCAUUAUCCUUUAGAUUUUUUGUUAGAUACAAUGCAUUUUUUUUUAAUUCUUUGUUUUGUUACAAAUGAUACUAAAUGAUUUCUUGUCCAAACUUGUACUAUAGUAUGUUGUCUAACAUAAAACAGCUAUUGUCCAGACUGUGUUGGCAGUUUGUCCCAGUACAUACAUUAAAGAUGUUAGGUUUCAUCAGCAACUGUCCACAAUAAAUGAUCAUUUGAAAUGUG